AUGGCCUUCGUCCGAUCCGUGGUGGCCACCCUAGCGGUGGCCGCCUUCGUCGGUCGUGUCCAUGUCCGGGCAAACGAGGUCCCCUUGCCCCCUUGCUCUGGGUCCUACACGCCAUUCGCCUAUUCGGGCUGCUUCACCGACUCCGGCAGCUCCAAUGCCCUGACCUUCCGCAGCCCCCUCGACACGCAGAGCAUGACGGUCGAGAAGUGCACCGCCGAGUGCAAGGGCAACGGCUACCGCUAUGCCGGCCUCGAGUACUACGGCGAGUGCUUCUGCGGCUCUGCCAUCGGCGGUUCCGCCGUUCCCGAAUCCAAGUGUAGCUUCUCCUGCACCGGCAACUCGACCCAGAAGUGCGGCGGUAGCAGCAUCAUCUCGGUAUACCAGGACAACACCUUCCCGUCCGCCGGCGGUGUGACCGCUGCCGACUAUGCUCCCCUUGGCUGCUACACCGAUAACUCGUCCAAGGGCAAGGCCCUGACCUCCCGACAGGACCAGCUCGACACCGGCUCCUUGACGACGGCUAAGUGCUUGGAGGCUUGCAAGAACGGUGGCUUCCCUUAUGCCGGCACCGAGUACGGCGGCGAGUGUUAUUGCGGCGUUGUCAUUCGUGACGACACUGCUGCGGUACCAGCCGCCGACUGCAAUAAGCCCUGCAGUGGUGCCCCGGGUGAGAAGUGCGGUGGAAACUCUCGUUUGACCGUCUAUGUUGCCGAUAAACUACGGAGUUCCCAGCCUUGUGGCUAUAACCCACCGCCGCCGCCGCCGCCGCCGCCGUCCUCUACGCCUUGCCCAGAGUCUUCUACUUCGAAGCCGCCGCCGCCGCCUCCUCCUCCGUCCUCGACCCCUUGCCCGGAGUCUUCCAACACCAAGACUACCAGCACAAUCUGUUAUGCGACCACAACGGUGGCGCCAACAUGUGAAUACCGUUGCGGAAACUGGUGUGCAUCCCCGCUCCCCAACUGGGGAGAUGUGUCGGGCUGCAAGGCGGGCUACUCCCAGUGCAAGCUGCAGGUUAAUGCCUGCUAUAAAAAUGCUGGAUGGCCCGCGGCAAUGGAGUGCUCCGACUAUGACUCUUGGUGCUCAUCCGUCAACGGCUACUGCGGCGGCGGCGGCACCAACGGGAAGUGUUCCAAGUCGGACUUUUGGGGCAAGAAGCCAGGCAAGGGCUCCUCGCCGCCCAAGACAACGGUCAUCACGGUACCGUGCAAGCCAACCCCGACUCCGACGCCCUCCUCAACCAAGUGCCCGAUCCCAACGCCCACAAACAUCUGCAAACAGCCUACCAACAACCAGUACGGCUAUGCGCCAGGGAAGCCUGUCGGCGGCAUCGAUUUGCCCGUCCUAACGUGCAACAAUCUCGCUAAGGACUUCGGCAGCGGCCCCUUCAAGCUCUACACCGACAGCGACAGCUCCAAGUGCAAAUCGUACCCCCGUAAUCAAUGCACCAACGCCUGCGUCGACGCCUGCAAGGAGCAGCUCAAUGACUGCAAAGCCGUCUACGUCAAGGGCUGCAGCGGUGGCGUUCCCGGCGGUAACGGCCACAGCUAUGGCGGUCGUGGCGGCAGCGGCCACGGAUCGUACUUCCACUGGGCUCGCGCCGACGACCUUGAGCGUCGCACCUAUGGCUGGACGGACUCGUCCAGCGCCGCAUCCAACAAGUGCACACAGCAGUACAAUGACUGCGUUGCCGUCAACAAGGGCUCGAAUGGUGCGGGCAAGUGCCCCAGCUUCGGUACAUACUAA